AUGAGAUUAUUGAGUGGCUUAUUAUUUGAGGGCUGCACACUAUUUAUUGAUAAUUAUUAUACAAGUGUCCCUUUGGGUGAAGAGCUUUUAGAGAAAAAUACAUUUUUUUGUGGUACUGUAAAAAUAAACAGAAAAAGUCUACCACCGCAGGCAAAAACAAAACAAAAACGUGGUGAAAUGAUAAGCUUUGAAAAUCGUAGUGGUGUAAAAUUUUUGAAAUGGACGGACAAAAGACCAGUUUGCAUGUUAACUACCUCAAAGAAUCACCAGUGUAAAUUUGUGCAAGGAAUAAAUGACCGAGUAAAGCCCGAUGCUGUGUUUGACUACAAUAUUGCAAAAAAAGGUGUCGAUUUAUCAGAUCAACUAUCGGCGUACUACAGUUGUUUUCGAAAAACCAUUAAGUGGUACCGAAAAAUAAUAAUACAAUUAAUAUGCGGAACUUCCCUCGUGAAUGCGUGGGAAAUUAUUAUCGAUAAUCUUUUGUCCAAUGAACAAAUAUGCCGUCAUAUACCGUCACAUAAACACGUUCUUCAAUCAUAUAAAGGAUCGGCAAGAGACACCCGUAAACGCUGCAAGGAAUGCUAUAAAAAUAUGUGUAAUAAAAAGGGCAGAGCUUAUGCAACUAACAAUACUAAAAGGGUUAAGACGUAUUGUGGACUUUGUGAGGGACAGCCAGCACUUUGCUUGGAAUGUUUUAACAAAUUACACAAAAAACAAUAA